AUGGGUUGUGAACUAGGUGAUUCCUUGGCAAAUUUGACUUCUUUGAAAAAUCUUGGUCUAGGAGGUUGUGGAUUGUAUGGGCCUAUUCCAUCUUCACUUGGUGAAUUAACCCAACUUUCUAUUCUAAAUCUCAAAGAAAAUGAUUUCACUGGGUACAUCCCAUCUUUUAUUCAAAACCUCACCCUACUUUCUAAGAUUAAAUUAGAUUACAAUCAAAUUUCAGGGCCAAUCCUUUCUUGGUUUGGCAAUCUUACUGCAAUACAAUACAUAUAUUUUUCUUCAAACAAAUUGAUUGGUUCAAUUCCGCCGUCCUUGUUCAAACUCAAUAAUCUUGAAGAUCUCGACCUCUCGCAUAAUAGUUUGAGUGGUACAUUGCUGUUAGAUUUAAAUUUCAAUUAUCUAUCGUUGGCCUCUUGCAACUUGAGCAAGUUUCCUGAAUUUAUUGGUAAUCAAACUAAUCUCGAACUGUUGGACCUUUCCAGUAACAAUAUAUACGGCCAAAUUCCCCAAAAUCUAAUGAACUCAAGUCUUCAACGCUUGGAAGUGAUAGAUAUAUCCAACAACUUGAUAACAGGGUUUCAUAACCAUCAAACCAUUCUACCUUGGUCUAGUCUGCUUGUGUUAGAAAUCCAAUCUAACUUGUUGCAAGGACAACUGCCAGUUCUUCCAUCAUAUGUCAUACAUUACGAUGCCUCUGACAAUAUUCUAAGUGGUGAAAUUCCCAAGUCGAUAUGCAAUUUGAGUUCAAUUUUGAUCCUUGAUUUGUCAAAUAAUAACUUGAGUGGGGAGUUUCCUCGUUGUUCAGGCGGUAUGAUCAGUAGCUCUAUAAUAGCUUUGAAUUUGAGAAACAACUCUUUCCAUGGCACCAUUCCUCUUGAAUGUCAGCAGCAGGAAAGUGAUUUGAGGAUGGUGGAUUUCAGUCACAAUAAUUUUCAGGGAAAACUUAAACGACCAUUUGCAACAUGUGUGAAUCUUGAGUUUCUUGACUUUUCUUACAAUCAAAUCAGUGAUGUGUUCCCCACUUGGCUUGGGAGGUUUCCUCUGUUAAAAGUUGUUUUAAUGAGGGAGAACAAAUUUCAUGGAGUCAUAGGGAAACCUGAAUACACUAAGGGUGAGUGA